GAUCCAGUAAUCAGAGAUUGAUAUAAGAAAGGCGGUUUGUAUCUUCUAAUCAAAGAGAAAAAUCAUAAUAGAAAAUCAGAGAAACAUGAGAAUUGAGAAGAAUAUCAAAGUCUUUGAGUGGUGUGGCUAAAACCACCGUUUCUAAGUCUAAGGGACAUGCCAUGGCAUCAAGCCAGUGGUACUCUCCAGUUCCUCUUUCGCAGGAUGAUGAUCUUGAAGAAGAAGAAGAUGAGAAAGAAGAAGAAGAAGUAGAAGAAGAAGAAGAAGAAGAAGAAGAAGAAGAAGACGAAGAAGGUGAAUGGUCGCUCAAGAAGAAGGUGUACGUUGCUUUCCCCAAGAGCUUCGGCGGUGGCUUUUUGGUCGAUAGGAAGAAGGAGACCAAGAUAUCCACGGUGGACAAGUCUUCUUUUGGGCAAGGGACCCACAUGGACUACGUUGACUAUGGAACAAGCAGUGGGAAAAGCAACGAGCAAAACACCAUCAAGGAAGAGGAGAACAAAAUACCUGAGUAUGGUGGUUGCAACGGUUGCCCAGGAUGCAUUCGAUGCGGAUGUCGAGGAUGUAGCGGUGGCUGCCGUUUUUGCCCCGGUUGCUGUGCGUGCCAGUACUAAUUUAAAAGAAAUUCACCGUAACCUAAUU